AUGACCAUCAAUAAACCGUGCUCGGACUUGGAUUCUCGAGACUUAUUUACAAACUUGGAAGAAAGUGUUGCUACACUCUAUGGUCAAUUGAUGGUCGUGGGCAAGCAUGGGCGACCUAACAUGCUACAGGAAACUGCCAGAGAGUUCCUUAUAUCUGGCAGGACAUAUUUCGAAUUCUUGAUCUAUAAAACCAUGAGUUAUGGAGGUUUGUCUCACUUAUCUCGUACAGGGAGAAACAAAGCCUCCAAGGAAUUGGCGACGCUGUUCUUCGGCAAACGUAUAAGACUUCGCCGUCUGAGCAUACACAGCAUACUCGUAUCACCUCUCGAGAUCCAACCUCUUGGACGGAACGGCUUUUUAGCUUCAUGUCUAGUGUCUGAGAUCCGAAGCACUCACUUGGGUCAAAACUAUUUAUGUCCCACUUAA